GAAGGAACCUUGAGUUUGCCCUUAUUACAACGUUUCCUUCACAAUUCAGCAUAAGACGUGCCAGCUGAUCAGGAAAACCUACAAUGAUGAAUGACUCCACAGUGAGCUUCAUGAACGAGAAACACAGCGAUCAUGUGGAAUAUUUGUGUGAUCACAAUUUUAACUUUGCAACCAUCAGCGGUGCCUUCUUCAUUUUGGUCUUCAUCUUCAGCAUCGCAGGCAACGGUCUCCUCUUGUGUGUUCUUGUCGUUUAUGAGAGCCUGAAAAAUGUCACAAACCUGUUUGUCCUGAAUCUGGCCUGCUCUGAUUUGAUCUUCACUGUCACACUUCCGUUCUGGGCCACAAACUUCCUGCACCACUGGGUCUUUGGGGACUUUUGCUGCAAAUUUAUGAUUGCAGCGUACUUUGUUGGUUUGUACAGCAGUGUCAUUCUCCUGACCGCCAUGACGGUGGAUCGUUUCAUAACAGUGGUGCUGCACAACUGGCCAAGCAACUGUGUGAGGAGGCAGAGGUGUGCAGUGGGUGCCUGUGCAGCUGCCUGGGUCAUCAGCAUUGGUGCGUCCCUGAGUGAUGCUAUAAAUGUCAAGGCAGAAACCAAUUGGGAUAAUCUUACUACAUGUGGACCUUCCUCUGAUGACAAGCUGGGAUACUACCUCCAAGUGUCACUGCUUUUCUUCCUCCCAUUUGUCAUCAUUGUUUUCUGCUAUUCUGCCAUCCUCAAGACAGUUUUACAGUCAGCAAACAGAAAAAGGCACAGGACCGUAGUGGUGGUAUUAUGCAUUGUUGCAGCCUUCUUCAUCUGCUGGGGACCUUACAAUAUUCUGCUGCUCAUCGAAACUUUGUACACACCCGAAAGCUGUGAUGGACAAAGACGCUUGAUCAUCGCCUAUUAUAUUUGUCAGAUUCUAGCUUUCUCUCACUGCUGUAUGAACCCUCUGCUGUAUCUGCUCUCACAAAAGUUGCGAACACAUCUGUUGCAUCUUUUGCGCUGUGAGAAAUUGCGGAUGAAGAAAAGGGAGAAAGGCAUCACCCAGGACACUUCUUUCUUUCAGAAUGCAAUGUCUAUGCGACAGAACUCUGCUGUUAUGUUGGAACUGCAGGCCAAAUAGAUAUUCCCUUUGGGAAUGAAACAUUGAAUAACUGGCAUUCCAGUGUGUAUUCAUAUUUCCUUAAAACUAUAAAGAUGUAUUGUUGUGUGUAUAUGUAUAUUUAUAUACUGAGUAAAUGAUGGAAGAAAAAUAUAAAGCAUAUCAGAAUGUAUGAUAAUAUGUGGGGAAUGCUUUCACUGCUGCACUUUCUCAGCCUUUAUGAAUGACUCUUGCUGUGCUGUUACUGUAGUAUAUGUAAAUUAAAGUUAGCUGGAAACCA